AUGAAGACCACCAACCCAGUCAAGACGACCAUCCCCACAGGACACCCACUGGCACUGCUGGUUAAAGCGGCCGAGUUGGAUCCAUCUCAAAACUACCUUUUUGGAUUUCAUCCUCACAGGGUCCUGGUUGUUGGGGCCUUUGGCAACUUCUGUACAGAGGCCACAGGCUUCUCCCGACUCUUUCCAGGUCUCAAGCCACACGUACUCAUGCUGCCGUGUUGGUUCCAAAUGCCUCUCUUCCAAGGUUACAUUAUGACCAGGAAUUUAGUCUCCUCUGACAAGGCUAGCGCUUCUUAUCUCUUGCCCCACGCUGAGGGUGGCCGGGUGAUCAUCCUGGCUGUGGGAGGUCCCCUGGAGGUUUUGGAGGCAAAACCUGGAACAGUGAGUUUACAGCUCUGGAAUCAGAAAGGAUUCAUUAAAUUAUCACUGGAACAUGGGGCCUCUCUUGUGCCUGUCUUCUCCUUUGGAGAGAAUGACCUCUUCCAGCAGUUUCCCAACCCCCCAGGCUUCUGGGUACGGAGGGUGCAAGAGGCACUUCAGACACUACUGAGUGUGGCCCUGGCUCUCUUCCAUGGUCGCCUGGAUCUCCUGAUACCCUUCCGUGUGCCCAUCCACACUGUCGUGGGUGCCCCGAUUCCAGUGCAGCGAAGCCCAAGGCCCAGCCAGGAACAGGUGGACCAGUUGCACGAGUUAUAUGUAGAGUGUCUCACACAGCUGUUUGAGGAACACAAGAUGUGCUACGGGGUCCCUGCUGAUCAACACCUUGUCCUGAUCUAG